UUUAGUUAAUGCAAUUUCAAUGAAUAAGAAAACAAAGUUUAGAUGUAAAUGAUUUUUUUCAGGAAUUCGAAUAUCAGGUGAAAUGCAUUGAUGACAGGAAAACCGCCAACAUAUCAAAGGACGAAUCACGUGGAGAAAUAUAACCAAAACAUGCCAACGGCCGGUACCGGUGGACAAUUUUGCAGCAUGCUUGACGACAUUGAACACUUAUCGCAACAUCCACCUUACUUUAGCGAAUUUCCUACACACGAGAGAAUGAAUUUUGAAUUUGCAGAUAUUUUAUGUGAUUCUUAUACAGACGCUGCACGCGCAGAAAAGCGACAAUUGCCAUCUGAUCUCGGAUACUAUCAAGAUACAAAUUAUUGUGCAAACACAAACAAAGGUUCAAUGAGUAGAACCUGCAGUAUGUCCAGCGAGGAAAAUCAACUUGAGACAAUCGGAGAUAUUCAGUAUAACAACUGCUGUACAAACGAAUCGGACCUUAAUCAACAUUCAAUGAAAUCAUUCAAUGUAUGCAACACUACUAACACAAUGUGCAACAACAGUGACUUAUUGUGCAAUAGUUCAGAUCGUGUGUGCAAUAAUGUGGAAAGAUUGUGCAGCACUAAUGAUAGAAUAUGUAACAAUCCAGAACAACAAUUGUGCAGCAAUACCGAAAGGACAUGCACCAAUACAAACAGAAUAUACAAUGUUUCUCCACCUGGAUCUCCAGACGUUUGCCGAUGGCGUAAUAAACACCCAGAAAACUGGAAUUCAAAGGACGUUCUUGAUUGGCUAUUUUAUACUGCAGAGAAGUGCAACUUAGAGUUUAGUAAAUUACAUUCAGAGAAUUUUCAGUCAAUAUCGGGAUCAGACUUAUGCAAACUGAGCAUUGAAGAUUUUGAACGAAUAGAAUCUGUGUAUGGGCGAAUGUUGUAUUCAUUAUUCAAAGAUCUACGAGAUGGUUUGUCGUUUACCAAACCCCCAGAGGUAACCGAAUAUAUGGAUUUAGAUGAAGUGGACGUUUUUGAUAAAAGAUCUCAGAAGACAUUGUAUCACAUGAAUUCCGAUCCAGGUUUAUACCCCUACAACAAUAAUAAUGUACCAGAAAUUCCACGCUACAGAGAGGAAAUAAAGGUAGAAAGAAGCCCUGGGCCUUAUGAUUUUCAUCCUGGCUUUCGAUAUGGAUGUGGAAACCAGCCUUUACAAACUAUGCAUGAGUUCCCCCAUUUUCCACCACCACAUCAUCGAAUGAACCCAUGUUCACCUCCAAGUAGUCAGUUCAUCCGUAGAUUUCCUUCAUCCAUGCCACAGCCUCCAAACAGAUGUUCUAUGCACGAGAAUGUUCAAGCCCAACCUCCUCCUCCUAUACAAAGACGACGACCAGGUAGACCACGUAUUAAAAGUCUACCAACUGACGAAGAGGCCUCACGAGAAAAGAAAGUGAAAAAUCAGCAUUUGUGGGAAUUUAUAUAUGAGGUAUUAAUGAAUCCUAUGUACAAUCCCCAGUAUGUGCGAUGGGAAAAUCAGCGAGAAGGUGUGUUCCGCUUUGUCCAAUCAGAAGCCGUUGCACAGUUAUGGGGCAGUCUUAAAAACAACGACAACAUGACAUACGAAAAAUUAAGCCGAGCCAUGAGACAUUACUAUAAAAGGGGAAUUUUAGAGAGAGUAGAAGGCAGACGACUAGUCUACAAAUUUUCACGUGUUGCAAUGGACCGUGUGAGAGAAAAAAGGCAUUCUAUUUAGAAAAGUACCAACACUGUUUUGUCUCAAUCAUUUGUUGUCCAGCAGACUAAUACAGAAGCAUAUUGAAAAACGCGUCUCGUUUGCAUGGACCGUACAAGAAAAGCAUCAAAUGCCUUUCUCGUUCUGAGAAGUACAGUUGCUUCUUUGCAAGUUUUGCCUUCGAUACAGAGCUGCUGUAUUUUUUCUAAUAGAACCUAUUUUGGUAAACAACGAGUUGAUUGACUGAGUUCGCCAAGAUGAUCCCACAUCAGAUUUAUUCGCUGUAUAUAUGCCAGUACAUUUAAAUACAAUGUCAUCGAAGGAUACAUAAAAUGUUCAUCCGAAUGUGUACUACAUGUUGAUAAACUGUGCCUUAACACUUUAUAAUUCUAAAUUAAAAAAAAAUCUACAGAUGUGAAUAAAUAUGAAAUUAUUGAAAGUGCUUUAUAUAAUCUGUGAUCUGCAAAACAUGUAUUCGUCAAAGAACAUCUGCUUUGUUUAUUGCAAAAUGUUCGGGAAUGACAAUAUAUAUUUUCAAAUUUUAUUGAUGUAAAUAAUGA